CACUCUCCUCCUUCACCCACAAAGGGUUUUUUUUUUGGGUGGCACCCUAAGUUUCAACCUUUGAUCAGUACUAAAACAUAUACAAAACCCUAAGUUUCAACCAAAUGGCAGGAUUAAAGAGAAAGUUCAACAAAGGUCACGCCUUUACAAGCAAAUGUGUUUCUUUAGUGAAGGAACAACGAGCUCGUCUCUACAUUCUCCGUCGUUGCGCCACCAUGCUUUGCUGCUGGUACAUCCAUGGGGAUGAGUAAAAAGAAGCCUUUGAAACUCUCACUUCAGAUUAACCACUACAUGUAUAUAUAUCCCUCUCCUCUAGGACCGCUCUAUAUGUCCCUUCUUCUUGAAGCUCCAUUGAUGUUGAAGCUCUCCGUUGGUGUUGGUGGCUGUUUGGUUGCAUGGCUUUGAACCCUCUCCAAGAACUUUUGAUUCUCUCUCUUCAAUUGGUGCAAUAACCCUGCAAAACCCUUGUUACUUUUUUUAACCUAAAGAUGUCAAUCUUUUGGUUUUUUUNUUUUUUUUUUUUUUUUUUUUGGUUUGUUUUCAUGGGUUAUUUUGCAUCAAGUGAAAGGAGAGAUUUUAUCCGCCGAUUGAACUGGCGGAGUUUGGAUGAAGUUAUGUAAGAAGACAAGUUUCCUACUUUGAAAUCUUUGGGAAGUUUUGGAUUUGGUUUCAUUUUGACCCAAAGAAGUCUCUUUUGGUUAUAUGUAAGAUCUUGUUUGAUUGUUGCCUCUGAUUGUAUUAUCAAUGCGACGACAAACUAAUAAAAAGGAAUAAAACGUUUAGUUUUG